AUGUGGAAUAAGAAACGAAUAAUUCCACCCCUAAUUUGUAAUAUGAAGACCAUUAUAACUGCAAGUAACCAGGGACAUUUCAAAAGUAUGGCAACCAUAAUGACAAACCUAACUCACCUCCUGUCUGAUAUUUCUGUCUUGAAGUCUGAGCUACACAUCCUUUCAAAGAUGAUCUACAAGAAGAAUUCACAGCGAAGAAGAGAAAAAACAUUACAGGGGCUUAAAAGGAUUGAAUCCUGUGUGGAGAGAUUUUGUGCUUUUGAAGAUAUAAAGUACCUAGAAGAUAUAUCAAGUUCACUGAACUCAGUAGACCUGAGUGAUAACAGUACAUACAUGCCUUCCAAACAGAUGUUAGAGUUUGUCCUUGUAAGACUGAUGGGUUUGGCAGCGCUGCUCACCCAGACCACAGCAUACUGUGUGCACACAUUUCUUACUGUUCAACAUGAUCUGGAGAUUGGCAUCUUUAUCCCACAGUCUCUGCUGUUUUUGUCUGUUAUCAGUCGAAUAUGGGUUUUGAGCAAGUCUACCUGUAUCUAUAUGGUGACAUGGUAUGAUUCAUUACAAAAGUGCCUUAAUUAUUUGGAGCCUACACAAGUUGUUUGGCUUGAAGACCCAGGUAUAUUACCUGUCUCUCUCGGCAAAUGGUUAGAGAAGUUUGACAGGAAAACACUUACAGCUGAAAGGGCAACAGCAGUUAUGACUGAGUUGGGAACACCCUGCUCUAAUCAGAUGCUGGAACCUGAAUCUCCACAGCAGGCCAAAACACAUGGGUGUGUUGAACUUGAUGAAGAUCCAAAACCUGUCGAGACUACAGACCAGGAGGAAGACUACAAUGACUCGGACAUGAUCGACGAAGAUUUGGGAUGCUCAGUUUCCAGAAUAGAUUUUGCACCAAAAACAAAUCCUAAGAAUAAAGCCAUGAAAACUUUUGGAGAUCAAGAAAAUGUUGCAAAAUUGUCAAUGAAGCAAGCAGUCAAAGAUUUAAAACUUGUGACUUCUCUGGAGGAUUUACUUGAACUUGUGAUGAAAACUGACUUUCAAAAUAAUGGUGAUCUACACAAACACAACUGCGUCAAACGUUUACAACACCUAAUGUUAAUCUCUAAAAAGAGAAAGAAGCAACAAGAUGUGGCCAAGUUUGUGAGGAAGGGACAGAUAUCUGUAAGGAAGUUUUUUAUGUUGACUACACGUGAAAACGAAGAAACCAGUAUGAUUCAGGAUAAUUUGUCUAAGAAACACCAGAAAGUUGUCAGAUUAGAAGAAAUGGAAACGUUGCAGGAUGUUAGGAAAAAUCUUUUGAAUUUCAAACGGUGUCGUUCAAUUUUCAUUCACGGCAGAUGUGUUCAAAUUGAUGAUCAACAAUGUGCAAACACAAUACGGACGGCCUUGAGAAAAUGUAUUAAUCGGUUAAAGAAGAAUCCAGAUUCUGCCAAACAGUCAAUAAAUAAAGCCCUGAAAGUGAUAUCUUCAGCUGUAGUUCAACUUCAAGAAGUUACUGCAUGUGAAAUAAAGGGAAGGAAAAAAAUGAAAAAACAAAAGUUAGAAAGCACUUUGGAGACAGGUAGGGUAGAUAAAAAGAAAAGAAAGUUUGAAAAAGGUGAGGCAAAGACAAUGGACACUAAUGCAGAAAGAAAUAUAGAAAAGAAGGAAAGAAAGUCAAAAAAGAGUAAUACAAUGACAGUGGAAGCUAACACAAAACAAAAUAUAGAAAAGAAGAAAAGAAAGAAGGAAAUCGCUGAUGGAAAGACCAUUGGAGUAAAUGCAGGUGGAAAAGUAGAAAAAAGGAAAGCUGAUAUCGCGAAAACGUUGCCAAUUGAAACUGACAAAAAUACAUUUCGACGAACAAGGAGGGUAUCUUCUAUGGACAAUGUGGAUGUGAUUCCCAGGAAAAAGAAGAAAAAGAAGUCUUAAACAAGUAAAAUAAGAAAUUGAAAGAAAAUCAAAUAAUGAGUAAGAAAGCUGGAAAGUUUCUAUCUCAUUUGGAAUAAAAAGACGAUGAAAAUAGUUAUGUAAUUAUGUUGUUUUAAGAUGAUUAUAUAUAUGUAAGUUCUGAUGUUUUAUGGU